GCAACAACGUGGGUGAAUCCGCACAAGUGUAUAAGGCUUUGUGCAAACUGUCGGCUUGUCGGUGGUUCUGUUUACGUAUGAGCCGAUUAAAAAAUGGAAAAAUUCUGUGUCUCGAUUCCCAAAAUAGAAUUGCACGCACAUUUGAACGGGUCCCUCAGCAGAGCAACUCUGAAAGACUUAGGAUGUUUAGAGGAAGACGUUCAAAUCUACAAUAAAUCGGACAUAGACCUCCAAACUUGCUUCCAACUAUUUAGCGUAGCGCAUAAAGCAACUAGCGAUGUUAAUUCCGUAAAAUACGUUACAAAACAAGUAAUAAAAGAAUUUGCCGAUGAUAACGUGCUAUAUUUAGAACUUCGGACUACCCCUAGAGAAGAACAAAAUAUGACUGAAGAAGAAUACAUCGAAGCUGUAGUAGACGGAAUCACAAGCCAUAAAAGCCCCAUAGUGGUCAAACUGUUGCUGUCUUUAGACAGAAGACGUUCGAUCGAAGAGCAACGGAAAACCGUGAAAAGCAUUAUUAAAUUUAAAAAAUUAUAUCCCGACAUCGUUAAAGGAAUCGAUUUAAGCGGUAAUCCUUCGUUUGGGGAGUUUUACGAGGAUCUGUUUAUUGAAGCCAGAUAUAAUGGUUUGUUUACCGCAAUUCAUUGCGCCGAAAUUAAGAACGAUAUCGAAGCAGAGAGAAUUCUAAAUUUUAAUCCGGACAGAAUCGGCCACGGUACCUUUUUGCAUCCAGAAUCGGGAGGUUCGCAACGACUUUGGCAAAUGAACAAAAUGUUACAAAUUCCAACAGAGAUCUGUUUGACAUCAAAUGUUAUAUGUCGCACCACAAAGUCUUAUAAGGAACAUCACAUCCAAGCCUGGAUAAAGGAUGAAUUGCCAUUUUCUUUAUGCACCGACGACAAAGGAGUGUUUAAUACCUCAUUAUCUAAAGAAUUCUUCCUUGCUUAUCAACAUUUGAACCUAAAUCGGGAGCAGCUAUGGAAAAUUUCCCGCAAUUCAAUCGACUAUUCCUUCGCUUCGAAUCGAGAAAAGCAAGAACUCAGAAUUAAACUAAAGGAGUGGAGACAGGAAAAUAUGCAAUAGUUAAUAUUAAUUUGUAUUAAAGUUU